AAUAACAUAUGGAUACCACUGAGGAGCCAUUUGCGUUGCCAGCAGAGAGGGAGGAUGAUGGGCAGAUGGAUUUGAGGACACACUGCAUUGAGGAUGAGGAUACGCUUGCGGAAAAUCCGAAUCCAGAGCUCUUGGAGUCGGGCAUCCCCUUGGAACUUUUUCUAAGCGCAACCACAAGUGCACUAGAGCUAGACACCGUAUCCUCGCAUGCCCCAUCCAUGUCGGAGAGCGAUCUGCUGGGUGUCGUCGGUGUAGAUAAAUUGGAAGACGGAGACGGCGAUGACCAGCCGCUGGUGCUGUUCAUAGUGUCAGAAAAUGGCUGCGAUCCACCGGUUGCGAGUUGAGUGUGGUCCGAAUGUGAUCGGAUCCCCGGA